CCCAUCGUUACAGUGAAUCUUGUCAGCUAAGGAGGUGCAGCACGAUUAAUUGGUGUUAAAUCCUGCGGUUGAUUUGGAAAAUUGCGAUUUUCCCACCCCUGCUUUCAUAAUAUUUUUCCCGCGGCUGCGCGGGGGAACAGUGGGAGCUUUGAGGACGCUCCGUGUUUUCAAAGCCAGAAAUAGUCGCUGUCAGGACUACUGUUUUGUUGAUGUCAUCCGCGGCAGAGCUGUAGCGACCUUCAAUUUCCAGGCAAGACCGGCAUAAACAAAGACUCGUUUUGGGGUGCUUUCUCCUUCUUUGCUGAGUUUUCUCUGCCAGCGACACUAGCAGCGAGAAUGGGACUUUUGCUGCCCUGUAUCCUGCUGCUGUCUGUCUCGACUUUCGCAGCCGGUGUAGAUUUCCAGCAGGGAUCGCAGCCCUUCGGACAGUCGCUUUUUGUGAGGCGUUCACACACUGAGGAAAAAGCUGCGAAAAUCGUCAAGAGGUCUCUGCCUGCAUGGCUGUCUGCAUCACCAGAGCACAAGAUAAAACGAAGAAGCGCCCAACAGGGCGACUCCUGCGAAGCCCUUCAAGGAUAUGACACCAAGUUAACAGACAACACCCACCGUUAUACCUUCAAUGACCUGAGUGGGUCAGUGUCGCUGGCCUGGGUUGGCGAUGGCACGGGGGUCAUCCUGGCUUUGACAACUUUUCAGGUGCCCUUCUUCAUGAUCAGACUUGGGCAGUCCAAACUCUACCGAAGCGAGAACUACGGGAAGUCAUUUGAGGAUGUGACCAGCCUCAUCAACAACACCUUCAUCAGAUCCGAGUUUGGCAUCGCCAUCGGCCCCGAGAACUCUGGGAAAGUGAUCCUGACAGCUGAAGUGUCCGGAGGUCAGGGGUCUCGGAUCUUUGUCUCCGAUGACUUUGGAAGGAGUUUCAGCCACCAGGACCUGCCCUUCAUCCCCCUGAUGCAGAUUACAUACAACCCUGACAAUUCCAAUGUGCUGCUGGUCCUCAGCAACAACAAUGAACUGUGGCUGUCUGAAGAUUUUGGCAGCACAUGGAAAAAGCUUCAUGACAUGGUGUGCCUGGUGAAAUGGGGGAGCAAAAACACCAUCUUCUUUACAGCCAGCCUCAACGGAUCAUGCAGUGAUCGAGGAAUGCUGGAUCUAAGGAGAACGACAGACUACGGCAAAAACACCAAGACAGUUGCCAGCAAGAUCUACUCCUUCGGCCUGGGUGGACGCUUCCUCUUCGCCUCUGUAAUGACAGGCAAGGGCACCCUGAGGGUGAUCCAUGUGUCAGUGGACCAGGGUGAGACGUGGAACAUGGCCCAGCUGCCCCCUGUUGGUCACGAGCAGUUCUACUCCAUCCUGGCAGCGAACGAUGAAAUGGUCUUCAUGCAUGUGGACGAGCCCGGAGACACAGGAUUUGGUACCAUUUAUGUAUCAGAUGACCGAGGCACUGUGUACUCGAAGUCAUUGGAGCGCCACCUUUACACCACCACGGGGGGCGAGACAGACUUCACUAACGUCACCUCCCUGCGAGGAGUUUUCAUCACCAGUGUCCUGGCUGAAGAUAACUCAGUGCAGAGUGUGGAGUCCUUUGAUCAGGGAGGGGAGUGGGUUCCCCUGCAGAAACCUGCCGACAGCAAGUGUGACGCUACAGCCAAAGACCCAGACAAGUGCAGUCUCCACAUCCAUGCAGCCUACAGUACGACAGUGCUGAACGUCCCCAUGCUGCCUCUGUCUGAACCAAACGCUGUGGGCCUCAUCUUAGCUCAUGGGAGUGUCGGUGAUGCCAUCUCAGCAAUGAGGCCUGACGUGUAUGUGUCUGAUGAUGGUGGCUACACCUGGAUAAAGGCCCUCGAUGGGCCCCAUCACUAUGCUAUUCUGGACUCUGGAGGCCUGCUGGUUGCUGUGGAGCACAGCCCCACUCAACCUAUCAACAAGAUCAAAUUUUCUACAGAUGAAGGACAGUGCUGGGGUGUUUACACCUUCACCGACGACCCCAUCUACUUUACCGGGCUGGCAUCAGAGCCGGGAGCUCGCUCCAUGAAUGUCAGUGUCUGGGGCUACAGAAACUCCCUCCUCAGCCAGUACUGGAUCUCCAUCACCAUCGACUUCAGGGACCUUCUCACCAGAGACUGCAACGACCAGGACUAUGUACAGUGGCUAGCCCACUCUGAUGACAUCAGUGACCCCAACGAUGGGUGCAUGCUGGGAUACAAAGAAAAGUUCCUCCGCCUCAGGAAAGACUCAGUUUGCUGGAACGGACGAGAUUACCAGGUCAACACCCAGCCAACCCCGUGUCCGUGCACCCUGGAUGACUUCCUGUGUGACUUUGGGUACUACCGUCAGGAGAACAGCUCGGAGUGUGUGGAGCAGCCGGACCUGAAAGGCAAAGUGCUCGAGUUCUGUCUGCACGGCAAAGAGGAGCAACUGCAGACCAGUGGCUACAGGAAAAUCCCUGGAGAUAAAUGUGAGGGAGGACAGAUGCCUGAGCGCAAAGAGAUCGACCUCAGUAAGAAGUGUGUGAGCGACCUGGUGGGCCCAGAACUUCUGACAGACAGUCACUCCUCCAGGUCUGUGCCCAUCGUGAUCACAGUCAUCGUCAUCGUGCUGCUCAGCGUCGCAGCAGGAAUCGUCUUCGUCAAGAAAUACGUCUGUGGUGGCAGGUUCUUGGUUCACCGGUACUCUGUGCUGCAGCAGCAUGUUGAGGACAACGCUGCUGACGGGAUGGACGACCCACUGGAGACCAACCACACUCAAAAUGGCAAGAUCGAGUUUCAUGACGACUCAGAUGAGGACAUGCUUGAAUAGCAGGCGCAACAGGUUUCCAGUUCACCUGCUGGCUGCUUCCUGCCACACUAUUGUCUCCAGCUGCUUCUUCCUUUCUAGUAUGAAGUUUGGCCUCAGCUACCAGACAGAGUCUGUGUCAAUCUGCUGUCAUCUAUGAAGUAUAAUGAAUGAAUGGAGGCUUCCUGGGACUAAUGACACACUUGAGAACUAUGAAGGAGGUCUUGUAGUGUUGCGCUUCCGUCACUGAUUCUUUUGAUUGAGUUUGAAUCUAAUUUAUUUUAGGCAAUGAAGAACUGAUGCAGUCCUCUGAACUGCUGACAGAGCCGUAGUAAUGGGCUUUAAAGCAAAGUUAAUUGUAUAAAUCCGUCUCGAAUACAUUACGGGUUCUGCCACUCCCUACACCUGGGGGUGCUCCUGGAAAAACAUCUCACUUCUGUUGAAGAUCUGUGUCCUUUUUCCCGCGCACUUGUACAUAAACCAGUUUUUCUUUGCCAUUUUCGAUGUGGUAUCAAUUUGGUAGGUGUUAAAAAAGGUUCCUGUUGAUCGCUGGUUAAUAAUUCUCCCAAACCACUUGAGUCUUAAUCCCUAUUAUUAACAAAGUAUUUGUUGGUCAGACAAUGUGCCCACAGAUGGCCAAGAAUAUGUAAAUGUUAGAUUUUUAGCCUCCUCUUCUCCAGAAAUCCCCUGUUGUAGUCUGUAUUUUGAGUACAAGUCUGCAUACUUUCAGUUCUGCGUGGCACAGAGAAGAAAUGAGACACAAGUGCAAAUGUCCAUUUGCAUUAGGUUCAUAGCAGUAACGUGUUUAGAUAUGUUUAGUAUCUUGCCCGCGUACAUUAAAUAAUCCUAUUGGCACGAUAUCUCUGCUGUCUCCGGUUGCUGCGUUUGAUGAAUGGAGAUGUCAUGAUGUGAAACUCAUUAGCAUCAAUGUGGAGGAUGGUAAAGUGUGUCUGUUUCAGGACAGGAUUUAUCAGAAAUUAAUGUCUGCUGUUUUGUCUAAAGCACAAGGUCCCUUGACUGCUUAAGAGUUUGACCUUUUAAACCUUUUUCCUCAAUGUGACCUAAUGAUUAACGUGGCAAGGCUGUAAUAAUCACUGUAGUCAUAUUCAAGUCGUGUUUAUAAUCACUUGAGCAGUUUUUGUACUAACAAACUUUUGAACUCAUGUAACAAAUUGCCGUUCGAAGACGUUUAGAAUUGACAGAAAUAAUUAUAGUUUGAUAGUAAAUAUCUACAGAUAUUUUUUACAUCCGAAUCAGAUGAAUGCAUCAAUGUAAUCUGGUGACAGGAGCAAUGCGUAAAAGCAAUUAUGUAAAUGUUGUAUAGCAUAAUUAACACUGUAGCCAUUCAGAAGAGUUAACACAUGGUUGCAUAAGCUGCAACACUGUGUGAGACUUUUUUUUAAAUUGGUAUUUGCCUCUGAGGUGAAGCAAAAUCUUUCUCAUCGGUGUGUUUUACAGUGAACUGUUUGUUUCAUAAUCAUCCUGAUACUGCUGACAUUUUGAAGCUAGACUGGUUUGACCAGCGCCUCUCAACAGAUCUGUCUCACCCAUCACGUCACGUCUUAUAGUUUUUUUUCUUUUGAAUAUUUGUUGCACAUUUAUUUGUCCGUCUUGUGUUAAGUGCGGUUUUAUUUAUUGGUGACUCACAGGUUCAGAGUGCAGUAAAUGGGAUGUGGUUAUACAAGUGCCUGGUGUGAGGAUAUUAAGUCAGGCCCUCCCAGUGUGUGGCCAGCGUCUAUUUACUGAUAAUUAUUUAUAUCAUGUGCAACCAGUUUCAUCCAGCGUGUGUCACUCCUAAGUUGCACUUGUCGCCUAAGAUGAAUCCUUGAGCAGUAAAUUUGUUUCAUACAGGCUCCCACUGAACUGCAUGUUUUUUUUAAAUAAUGUGUAAAUCCACAGAGCUUUGUGAAUAGCCACAUCUGGUUAUUUGCUCCUUCAUGUCUUAGCAUGAGACUAAAAUCUGGCUGUGAUACUUCGACAAGAGAGUCAACUCAAAUAAAAAAACACAGGUUGAAUACAGGGUUAUUUUGUAGCUGCUUUACACUGGGAGACACAUGGUGAGAUCUUAUUUAAUGAUGGUUCAUUGCAUUAAGUGAAGGUAACACAUUUUUCUUACAGUUUAAAUCUACUGUAUAAAUUAAGUCAUUGUGAUGGUUUUGUAAAUAUACAAGGUUACAUCUUUGUAUCUGCUAUGUUUUUCUCUUCUGUAUAUUUGAGGCAAUUUUCUUUGGGUUUGCCAAUAAAUUCAUAUGUUCCUCUA